UUUCCAAAUAGGUCUACGGGAUCAAGGGAAAAAUGUGGAGAGUGCUGAAGAAAAUGACAGAGUGUACGAAAAGCGCGGUCGUGUUAGACGGAGAACUGUCUAAAUUCUUCGACAUUGAGCAGGGGGUCCCACAAGGUUGCACGCUGUCCCCAACAUUGUUCCAGGUGUUCAUCAACGAUCUGUUGGAAGUCGUAGAGGCAGUUCGGAAGGGAGUAAGAGUAGGGGACGCGGAAACGUCGGUUUCAGGAAUGCUGUUUGCGGAUGAUUUUGUCGGUAUGUCGGACACCCCUGAGGGACUGCAACUGCAAAUUGACGCGGCGAAGAAGUUUACUGAUAAGUGGAGAUUGUCUGCCAACGUUCAGAAGAGUGCCGUCAUGGUUUGCAACGAGAACAAGGAGGAACCAGUAGAACAUAGAUGGAAGUGGGGGAUCGAGGAGAUUGCAGUAGUGGACCAGUACACACACCCCGGAGUAGAGAUCGCAAAAGGCUGCUCGUGGAAUGCACACGUGUCCAAGGUAGCGGAAAAGGGCAAAGCACGAGCAGGGAAGCUGCAUCCAAUACUCGCAAACCGGCACCUCGAUACACGCAUCAAAUUGACGGUUUUGAAGAGCGUAAUCGUACCGCCGCUAGAGUACGCCGGAGAAGUACGGGAAGGAACUAAGACGGUCGUGAAAGAACUCGAGGCGGCGCAGAUGAAAGCAGCGAAAACCAUCCUAGGAUGCUCCAGGCGCACAAGUUAUGCAGCCGUGAGAGGAGAAGUGGGGAUCCAAUCCCUACGGUCGGGAAGAGACGCGAGGAAGCUGACCUGGCAGUAUCGCAUGUGCGGGAUGGGAGAGGAGAGGUUGCCGAGAAUUGUAUGGGAGGCGAAGUGGGCAAACAAAAAGAGGGGUAGACAACCCACGGAAUGGGUCAAGGUUGUAGAGGACGUAUGGAAGGGGCUCGACAUCGACGAAGAUGAAACGCUGGAAACGGAGGGUCUACGGGGGUUCAAGGAGAAGGUAUCUGUUGCUUGUGCCGAGAGAGAACAGAAUCCAAGGAUGAAA